AUGGUCAAGCUCUCCGUCCUCGCCUUUUUGUUGAGCACGUCCUCCGUUGCGUUCGCUGCUCACACAUUUGUGUUCAGGAACAACUGCGGCAGCUCAGUGAGGCCCGUCAUCGCCAACGUGAACUGUGGGUACUCUCCGCGGUGCAGCACCCCAGGAUCUGGCGGUGUGCCCAAUCCCGCGAUUUCGUAUACGGGUGCCCAACCUAACACACUUGGGAGCGGCGCUUCGCAGACCAUGACAAUAAAUCGCCAGUGGAACGGCCGUAUCUUCAAUCAAAAUGGAAGGUGUGGCGCAAAGGGAGAAGGCUGCACCAUGGGCGAGUUUAACUUGGACACUGGAAGUCAGUGGACACCUCAGGCGUAUGAUAUUUCCAACAUCCAGGGAUUCACCCAGUCCAUCCGCAUUGCUGUCAAUGGAUGCGAUACAGUCACCUGCACGAACGUGAACUUUCCGAGCGCUGGUGGUCAGGAGGCGCCCGACACGAUGCCAAAUUUCCAGAAUUACCACUCCGCCCAACCCGUAACCCUUACGGCGUCUCUCUCCGCUUUGACACGGGGCCCCGAUCUCCGACCUGGAUCAUUCUUGUGA